AUGGUGAUUGGUGCGCGAACAUGUUUCCCUCUUGCCGGUGGUCUUAUCUUCGGAAUCUGUAUGUCACUGUUCAUGUUUCCACCACAAGGGUUAGAACCUAAGUGCCAGGAGGAACAAUUCAAAAAGGAACCUAUUGAUUCAAGCGAAUUUUGGAAAGUACGAUUAGAGCAACCUCCACCAGCUGACAAGAAUCGUGAUCCUCAACCAAAGGUCGUUCGAGCGCGCUUUGCUGCAACCGAGUUGGGUAUGCGUGAGCGAUUGGCAAUUUUGAUCCUGGCACAGUCUUCACUCUCGAUAUCACUCAAUGCUUCCUUAGCUGGGCACGUUCAAAGGGUUCAAGUCUUUGCUGAUGCAUCGCGGGUGGAUGCUGAAUGGACUGGCUUUGCAAACCUAUCGCCAUAUAGAACCGGUGGACAACAUUCACAUGUGCCAAUUCUGCAAACGAUUCACAACCUGUCUUUGCACGAGAAAUACGAUUGGUUUCUGUUGGUCAAAGAUACUACAUAUGUGAAUCCGUUCGAACUUUUCCGAUUUAUUAAUCAGGUUAAUUGGCACGAGGCUGUCGUUGUUGGAGCACCUGAACUUCGCGGAAGCUGCCAAUUGGAUGCUUCAAUUCUCUUGAGUCAACCGGCAAUGCGACGUUUGGUUGAGAACCGUGUCCGCUGCACUCCAAUUGAUGCAUCUAUGACGGAUGACGCAGCCUUUGAACUUUGUAUUCAGUCAGCAACAAAUCUCAACUGUCAAGAACAACUGCAGGAGACACCUUUCGUUGUAUGGCAAACGCCUUCGACGCUCGCAGCUCAUGAUGCCGUGUCGAUGUGGAGUUCAGAUCCAGUUUUUAACAAGUCGAUCACUGUAACACAUUUACUUUCACAGUCGGACUCCCGAGCACUACAUGAUCAUUUUGUCAAUGUCGAAAUGGAUAGGAUGGACGAAGAAAUUGUGCAAUUAGCGGAGGAAGUCGAGUCAUUGUUUGAUAAUGCUCCCGAUGGACCAUCAUGGCCAAUCGACCUUCCAAAAUAUUCUGUUCCCCCAAAUAGAUACCAAGUGGCAACCUGGGAUUUCUUCACCUUGAAAGACAUUUUCCUGAGCGAGCCAAAUCAGAAUGUGCGACCACUAGAAGGAAAGAACAGAGAAGAUGUCGAGGAAGUGCUGGCUGCGGCUCGAGCUUAUGUCGAAAACGGGCCAGAAGGUGAAAGACUCGAGUUUGUUCAAAUGAGAAAUGGAUAUAGACUUUUUGACCCAGUUAGAGGGAUGGACUACAUGAUUGAUUUGGUUUACAAAGAACGCGAAGGCAACGAAGAGGGCAUAGUAGCAAAACGCGUCCAUCUUUCCCGUCCAAUAGCUGCUACUCAACUAGUGCAACAAGUCCCUUACGUGAAAGAAGACACAGAUAUGGUGAUUGUUAUCCCUGUUCAAGGUGAAGAUGAGGUCCUUCCAGCGAGACGACUUCUGGCUCGGCAUGCACGUUUAUGCACUGCUCCAGUUGAAGAAUCUCGAAAGACCCGUCUUGUUGUAGCAACUAGCGAGGCGGUUGACCAAAGGAGCAUCACUUAUAUGAACAACGAUUUGGAAGAGUUAAAAAGGCGUUGCAGAAGAAGCGCACUUGAAGCCAUUCAACUAACUGUGAAAGUGGCAAAAGGUGUUUUCAUGGGUCGCGCUUUGGAUGUAGCAGUCGAUCAUUAUGGACCAGCAACAAUCUUCCUUCUGCUGUCACCAUAUGCUGAUGUCCAAAAGGAAUUUUUUGAUCGAACUCGAAUCAAUACAAUUAAAAAAUAUCAAGUCUUCUUUCCCAUUCCUUUUGUUGAGUAUCAUCCAACUAUUUCUGGUAUGGAUGUGACUGAGGCUGAGGUGCCCCAUUCAGUUGAAGAAGCGCGUGAUGCUGCUCUGGCACGUCUCAGGGAUUCCACUCCGCCAAAAAGAAAAAGACCUCUAUUGGUCCAAAAGGAUCAUGGACGUUUCGAUUCUUUGGAUUUUACUGUGUUCUCUGUAUAUGGAACAGAUUAUGUCCAAUUCAGGGAUCGGGUAGGAGCCAACCGAAUGGAUCUUAUAACUGCCUUUCUUGCACAAAAUGAGCUUCACAUUUUGCGAGCCGUUGAACCAACCUUAAGGCUUCGUUAUCAUCCACAUGCUUGCGAUGCUGACUUGGCCGAGGAGGAUUAUGCAAGAUGUAUUGCAAGUCGGAAGGAGAACGUGAAUCGCUUUACUUAUUCGGCGGGGCUGGCCUACGCUUUGCCUGUGGCCAUUUUGCUCUACAUUCUUACGACCCAACUUACGUUAAGCGACGAACCAACAACCAAUAUGAGUUCACCGCUCGCUGCUGCUCUCCGUGUCGUCUACGUGACCGUACCUACAGAGGAAAUAGCUCUGAAGAUUUCUAGAAGUAUUGUCACUGCAAAGUUGGCUGCAUGUGUGAAUAUUGUGGAUGGGGUGAAAUCUGUUUACGAAUGGGAGGGAAAAGUGCAUGAAGAUUCUGAGAAACUACUCAUUAUCAAAACACAAGCCGAGCGCAUUGAGGAGCUGCAGACGAAAGUGAAAGAACUGCAUCCAUACGAGGUGCCCGAAUUCUUGGCGAUCCCUGUCGCUCACAACUCUGAACCCUAUGAAAAAGAAAUGUCGACCCCAUCUCGUUCGGAUUGGUCACUCCCAAGCGCGUUCACCGUCGCUUGGACCAAUCUCCUCGCCACAUUCCCCAAGAAAUCCUCCCCACUUGACAUUGAUCCUCCACGCAACACCCUUCGCCGCCACUCUGCCACUCUCUCAGGACCAAUGUCCACCAACAGUGAUGUGUACUAUCUUCACAGCUAUGGAUCCCUCAAUUUACCA